UACCUGCGUGCAGGCUUUUCCUGUGACUGAGCAGUAGGAAACCAUCGCCUCAUCCAUCCUUGGGGCGGAUCACUUUGGAUACAUUCCCAGGUGGCGGUGAUUCCCGUUUAUGCACAUGGGAAACUAGUCCAAUCAUUUAUUUUUCUCACCGAACACCAAGUUCUGUGUCAGUAGGUGGGAUUUAAAUUUUUUUUUUUUUUGACCUACUUCUCUCUACGUCAUUUCAACAAACCUCCACCAUGAAUUACUUGCGUCGACGUCUCUCGGACAGUAAUUUCAUGUCCAAUCUGCCCAAUGGCUACAUGACCGACCUCCAACGCCCCGACCCGCCGCAGCAAAGCCCCGCAGUGUCGCCCGGGCCGGCGGAGAGGCGCCAGCCCGCCGCUCAGCCGCAGCCGCAGCCUGCAGGCGGAGGCUCCGGUUUCUUCUCCUCCAUCUCCAAUGCUGUCAAGCAGACCACCGCCGCUGCGGCAGCAACCCUAUCCGAGGCGGCGGAUCGGGCUGGAGUCUCCAGCCACGGCAAGAUCCUCCUGGUGAUCGACGACCAGCAGACCGACUGGGUGAAGGUUUUCAGAGGAAGAAAGAUUCACGGUGAAUUUGACAUCAAAGUAGAACAGGCAGAGUUCUCAGAGAUCAACCUAGUGGCCAAUGCCAGCGGCACCUAUAACGUCAACAUGGACGCCAUCAGGAAUGGGCAUAAGGUUACUAAAUCCUUCAGGUCAGACUUUGUGCUGAUCAGGCAGCACGCCUUCAGCAUGGACAGGAACGGAGACCAUCGCAACAUGGUGAUCGGACUGCAGUACGCUGGACUGCCAAGCGUUAACACCCUGCACUCUGUCUAUAACUUCUGUGACAAACCGUGGGUGUUUGCUCAGAUGUCAAGGCUCCACAAGCAGCUGGGCCCAGAGGAGUUCCCACUGAUCGAGCAGGUUUACUAUCCAAAUCACAAAGAAAUGAUCAGCGCCCCUAAGUAUCCUGUUGUCGUAAAGAUGGGCCAUGCUCACUCAGGAAUGGGAAAGGUGAAAGUGGACAAUCAGUAUGACUUUCAAGAUAUCGCCAGUGUUGUGGCCCUGACCAAGACCUACGCCACUUCCGAGCCUUUCAUUGACGCAAAGUACGACGUCCGCAUCCAGAAGAUUGGCAACAACUACAAGGCUUACAUGAGGACCUCCAUUUCUGGAAACUGGAAAACUAACACGGGCUCUUCUAUGCUGGAGCAGGUGGCCAUGUCAGACAAGUACAAAUUGUGGGUGGAUUCAUGCGCAGACAUCUUUGGCGGGUUAGACAUCUGUGCUGUGGAGGCUUUACACGGUAAAGAUGGCAAAGACUACAUUAUCGAGGUUGACGACUGUUCGAUGCCACUGAUUGGGGACCAGCAGGAUGAGGAUCGAGUUCAGAUUGCAGAACUUGUGGUUUCUAAGAUGCAAGAGACUGUUCCACGUACUCCCAGUUCUUCCUCGGUACGCGCGGCAGCGGGACAGCCGGCACAGAAAGCAGUUUCUCCUCAGCCUGUCUCACAGCCAAGAGUGCCACAGGCUCAACAGCGCCCCUCUCCUCAGGGUGGUCCCCAACAAAGUCCUCCGACCCAGCAGCGACCCCAGCCUCAGGGCCAGCCUCCAGCACCAGCUCAGCAGUCUGCUGCCAGCCCGGGUACCGCUGAGCCCGCUUCUCAGGCCAAGCCUAGCCAGGGCCCUUCAGCCCAAACCCGAGCCCCAGGCCAGGGCGCUCCUCAGCGAAGCCAGGGAGGUUCCCCUCAAACUCAGAGGCAGCAAUCCGUCUCCCAGCAGCAGAAACCUUCUGCCAGUCAGAAACCUCCCAGUGGGCAGCAGCAGCAGAAACCAGCCCCACUCCCUAGACAACAGUCGCAGGGAGGAUCACAGAAGGUCCAGCCAACCCGUCCCGGGCCUCCAACCACCCAGCAGCCGAGACCCGCUGCCCAGGGUCAGGGUGGCCCGGGGGGACGCCCCCCUCUGCAGCAAAAGCCCCAGCCCCCACAGAAGCCCAGUCAGGACAGCCCGGCUAUGGGCGGCUCUCCACAACUAAACAAAUCCCAGUCUCUUACCAAUACCUUCAACAUUCCAGAAACCCCAGCGCCCCGAGCCAGCCUUAGCCAGGACGAGGUGAAGGCUGAAACCAUACGCAAUCUACGCAAAUCUUUUGCCAGUCUCUUCUCAGACUGAGCUGGCAUCAGAUCCUCCCAUCCCUCUUUCUUCUCCUCCAGCUGAGAGAAAAACAGACAGGCAAACUGAUGGACAGACACCUCUUCUACACCCCACUCCGGAAAUGAGCAAGGACCAACAGAAUCUCCAAUUUAUGAGUGUGAUAUGAAAGUGUACACACUUGACACCCACUGCCCAAACAGUUAAUACCUAUUAGAGUGAACAAAAAGGUAGAAUAGAGUCAGAUGAUGUGAUGUUUCAGACAUUUCUCGCCUUGCUUAAAGCUUAACCGGGUCAUCAUGGCAAACCUCACAAAAGCCUAUAUAUGUGCAUGUGACACCCAUUAACUAAAAUCAGAAACAAAGCAGCACAAUACGGCUUCCUCUUGUUUGUUGGUGCUGUAAAUCCGUUGUGGUAUUUGUGGUCAAAAAAACUGAAGGACUGUACAAUUGUUAUUGGGAUAAGGAAAAUAGUAAAAAAAAAACAAUUUCCUAUUACUCCGUAAAAUCUUGAUCUAGUGACAAUUAUUGCAAGUUAUACUAAAAUAAAAGUAAAACAAAAAUACACUCCAUUUUCUUGAAAAGAUAUGCUAGGAAUUUUUUAUUUUUUUGGCAACAAAAUCAAAUACAGGAGCUGGGUUGCAAACCUUUUUGUAGCAACUUUACCUAAGAGCAAAUUUCCUAAUGCAAAAGCAAAGAGUGUUGCAUUUUAUUCCUAAGAUAACGGAAAUGUUAUUUGGUGUAGCAUUAGAGCAGAGGAGGAGACGGAAAUAAAAAAUAGCACCGUGGAAACUAUAAUCUCCACUUCUUCCUUUUCUUGUACAAGCUAGCGUUAGCUAAACAGUUCAGCUAGCUGCAGGUAAUUAGGAAGUUACGAUAUAAAACUCCCAUGAACCAUUGCUUCAGUGGUUCAUAAACACACUCUAACUCAAAGCAAGACAGUAAAGAUCAAGAUAGCAUCACGAUGUCAUCUCAGCUAAAUACUAAACCAAAAUUGCUAACAAAUAACAACCGAAUCCUAAUGAAAUUAAAACAAGCUCUCAUUCAGAGAAAAUGUAGAUGGGAUAAAACAGUUUCUUCAUAUUUGUUCUGUAUCUUGACAGAAUGUAUUUUCUGUCAGAUGGGAGCAGCUAAAAGUCUCAAUAUGGAGAGAGUAGGAUCCCACACAAAUAUGAAGGUAGAUAUGAAGUUACGGCUACUAGAUCACAAACAUUUUUCAUUUUCCUGUUCCUGUGGUUUAAAGUACUUUUGAUGAAAUCCCAGAGAGUGACCUGAGUUUUCUCCCGAUGUUUGAAGCAUAAAGUAGCACCACGCUCCAAGCUCUCAAUUUUACAUCUGUUGCUCCUUCCUUUUUUACAACUGUAAUAAUCAACAUUUUACUUCAUUUUUGAAGCAGUUUAAUAUAUAUUUUUUGGUUUUUCUGCUUUAAAUAAUAGGUAUUACCAUUUCAUAGCUCUGUAUACUUUUCCCUUUAACAGGGUGCUGCUACAAAUGAAACUAUGGCAUUUUCAUCAAAGUUAUCAUGUCAAGAAAACCUUAAAGAAACCCAUCCUUAGCUGGGAUAUUGUUAAUGAUAAGCAUUACUAAUAAGUCAUUUAAACAGUGAUAUAUUGACAAUACAAAUAGCAUCAGCAACCAAUGUGUUACUUUAUCUCUUGUUGUUAUGUUAUUUUACGUUAUGCUACUCUUAAAGAAUGAGUACACGCUAAACAUGAACCGUUUUGCUAUUUGCUUUCAUUGGGAGGAAGAGUUUGAGAUUUCACACAUCCUGAUUUGUCCAGUGGGGUUCCGACCCCCCAUCUUAGGAAUCCUGUGCCUCUGAUAAAACACAUUCCUAUAACCCACUCAAAAGUUAUCUACUUUAAUAUCAGCAGCUGAAUUUUAGUCUCAAUAAUCAGCAUGUAGCAAAAUGCUGUUGAUUAAAAAAACAAAAAAAUCUUUGAUCUCUUGAGGGCUACGGCAGAAAUGAAAAUAGAUUGGCUAUCUCAAUAUCGUCGGAAUUUGACUCGAAAGGUGCAAAAUCCCACCACCACCUGCCUCAAUAAUUUUUGUACAGUCCACUUCCACAGCUCCCCGCAGUGUUAGCAGACACUCUAGAUGUGUUCGAGCCGUUUCGACUGCUCACGGUGAUGUCGUAGCUGCAUGUCAAUAGGAGGCAACUGUUGCGGUUUCCAGCAUCUCACUUCGGCGCUUGUAACUGUGUCGUCACAUGUAGUGGAUUAGUCAGUAAAGUAGCUUCGUAGGUGUCGUGGGUAUGUCGUCACUCUCGCUUUCUUUCCAUUAAUUUUUGCUGCACACGAAUGAAACGCUCUUCACCUUAAGAAGGAAAAUAAAAGAAAAAAAUUACAAAAGAAAGCACGCCUUAGACAGACAAGAACUUCAGAUCAAAUGGAGCUGUCUCAGGGAUGUCCACUUGAUUGUGACACUCGUGCGUGGCUGAGGUUCUUCCAUUUUCAGGCACAAUGUGGCUGUUUACAGACGAUGAGGGACAUGCAUGCCUUUUUUUUUUUCUUUUCAUUUGCCGUGACGUGAAAUGUCUUGUUGUUUAAAAUACUUUUGCACAGACAUUCAGCAAAAAUCUUACUUGAAAAUAAUGUCAUGCACAAAUGUGUGAAGUUUGCAUUUUCAGGUUUAUUUGAUGGGGCACUUAAUGGGGCACUUGAUGGAGCGACAGCUCAUUAACCUCGCUCUCAGAGGUGGUGCUGAGCUGCAGAGAGGAGCAGCAAGGACUGGGAGUUAGAAAACGGUCAACAGGUUUUACAAUGGCCCUGACUUUCAAGGGGAGAGGGGGCGGUUGCAUUGCACUCCAAACCUGAGUCUGUUUUAUGAAUCUCAACAUCUACUUCCAACCCUGCUUCCUAUUCUUUUCACUGGGACAUACCCUUAUACUCAGCCAAGGAAUGUUAUUGUGAAAGUCGUGUGUGCAAUGAUAGCAGCAAAACAAUUGUAAUGAAGGAUCUCUGCAGAAGUCUUCACUAAUCGCAGCAGAAAUCCAAGUUGCUAGUGGAAAUCAACUCUUGUUACCAGACGCCAAACAUGUCUUCCAAAGAGAGUGCAUUCCAUUUGAAUAAUAAUGUAGAGCUGCAAUAACCUGCUUAUUUUCCCUUUUUUUUUUUUUUUUUAAAAGUAGAGAGUAAUCACAAAAUAUUGAUUCUGCAGAUUCUCCUUCACGCUGCCUGUGCUUAUUGGUCUGUUCGUGUAGCCACAGUGACUCCUUGUGCUCAACAGUGCAUUAAUGUGCAAAUUGUCCAAACCGAAUAGAUGUGCUGUAAAGAGCUCUGAGCUUCUCCCCCUUGCUGCUGUUUCAUGCUUGUUGAUGUUAGGUGUGCUGGUGAAUUGUUCAGUUUUUAAGUUAAAGGUAUUCAAGUGGCUCUUUUACUUAUUUCUAGCAUUGCCUUUAUAAAAUCUAUGAGGUUCCACAGUAUGGGGCUUGUAAUGUUAUGCAUUAAUUGAUUCAGGGUAUCAUUUUAAAAUUUCGCAACUCACUGUCGGCGCAUAUUAUUGUCUGAUUUAUCGUAAGUCUAUCAGCAAAAUCAGCAAUGUGUAAAAGCAAGCCAUCGCAUUUACCAUGGAUGGUUGUUUUUUAAUAAAAUAUUACCCUCAGAGGUCUCUGCCACUCUGAGACAUAAAACAUGCAAGGAAUGAGCAGAGGCAACAAUGCAACAAAGUUUCCUUUUCUUUGGGUUUGGGUUUUCACCAAUUUGGAUCCUUUACUGUGGCUAUAUUUGACUGUGAAUGUACAUUUUUGUUUGUUUUCAUACAGAUGACUUUAUUGUUUACCUAUUGCACUGUAUAAUCAUUGUGAAAAUAUAAAAUCAUUAUGAACCUGUGAAUGGGUUAAAGCAGUCAGUCGAUGCCUCUCAUGUUCAAAUCGUUACACCCUAAAUGUGAAAAAGUGCAAACGCCCGAGGUUCCUCGUCAUCGCAGACAAGACGAUGUGUCGUAUAAUUUAUGGUGGAUUAUUGAGUUAAGUGUAAAAAGAAAAAUAGAUGUUAUAUGCAAUGUAGCUAUAUCAUGUGAAAAUGAAUAUGUUAUUGAAACAUGGACACGUCCAAUAAAGUCUAUGACCAAAUA